AUGAACUUCACGUUUACUUUAUUAUCUAUCGCCCUAUUUCCGCUGGCCCUGUUUGCCUUCUGGUCACUGUCGGCGACUGGACCGUCAGCGCCUCUUGCGCGCGGAUUCCCAACACUGUACAACAAGCGGAUAUGUCUCCUAAUUGCGCAUCCCGAUGAUGAAGCCAUGUUCUUUGCGCCAACCCUGGUGGCCCUCACAAAACCCGAAUUGGGCAACCAUGUUAAGAUACUGUGUCUAAGCUCUGGCGACGCAGCUGGUCUCGGACACGUUCGCAAACAGGAACUUCAAAAGAGCGCACUCCGACUCGGUUUGCGCAAUGAAUCUGACGUUUUCAUUGUGGAUGACCCAAGCACGUUCCCUGAUAGCAUGUCUGCUACCUGGCCAGAGGCCAGUAUCGCGGCCCUCCUCGCCUCUGCGUUCGCGCCCGAACUUGCCCCUCAACCGCCCACUUCACCACAAAACCAUCGAAGGAAGUCCUCUACCGCUAGCACCAAAAGCUCAUCGGUCAAUGGAGCUGCAGUAAAUGCUGAGACACCAAACCAAUCCGCCCCUGUCGCGACUAUCGAUGUUCUCCUCACCUUCGACGAGUCAGGUGUGAGCAACCAUCCAAACCAUCGUUCCCUCUACCACGGGGCACGAGCAUUCCUUCGAGCUCUCAUGCGCGGAAGAUCCGGCUGCACCUGCCCCGUCACAUUAUAUACCCUUACAUCAACAAACAUAGCGAGAAAAUAUCUAGGAGUCUUCGAUGCACCUAUAACUAUGUUGAAUGGUGUAAUAAACAACGCCUUCGGUAGCUCUGACGACGUGAACACGCCUCCACCUACCCAGUCCAAAACACAGGAACUGAGGGGGGUCCGUGAACCAGCACCUGCAAAGAGAUUACUCUUCGUUAAUUCAAUAAACGAUUGGCUUUAUGGGUGGAAGGCAAUGGUGUAUGCGCAUAAGAGCCAAAUGGUUUGGUUCCGAUGGGGGUGGAUUACGAUAGGACGAUACAUGGUUGUUAAUGAUCUGAAGAGAGAGCAAGUAUAG